AUGCCCAACACCAGCGGCACUAGUCAAAUGUCAAAGUCAAAGUCAGAACCCCUUUUCUCUGAUCAACAAAUGGGUUACUCAGAACUUGAAUACUCCUCUCAGCAAGUCUCAAGUGUUACGGCAGGAGAGGCCUCUGCUGGGCGAACAAGCCUCCCCUCAUACUGUGACUUUUAUACAGAGUGUCCAGUUGAGGAAGAAGAACCAACUUGGAGCUUGUUCGAGGGAGAAUGGCAUGAAGACGCAAAAGAGUGCACGCUGCGUAUGAAGCAAGAGUAUCUAGACCAGUUUGAGAACCCAUUUGACCUAUGGGAUAAAUACAACAACCAUACUACUGAACCAGAAUCCACUUUGAAGUCUCGGCCCAAGCCCAAAAGCACCUGUAUCUCACCACCAGCCAGCAAUUCAAAACAAACUCUUGGCUGGACUGGUGAAUACGCUUCUAUGACAGAGUAUGGUGCAAGUCCUAAAGUUUCACAAUGGACUGGGCAAUACUCUGAUCCUUAUGAGUAUAGUGUCUCGCCAAAAUGA